AUGGAGAUGUCCUCUGUGUGUCUCUACAAUGGGUGCACUCCCUGGCAGGGGCUUCUGCUCACAGCCUCUCUUUUAACCUGCUGGCACCUCUCUGCCACAGCCCACGUCACCAUUGAAUCUGUCCCACCCCAAGUGGUUGAAGGAGAAAAUGUCCUUUUCCUUGUCCACAAUCUACCAGAUGAUGUUCUAAACUUGGCUUGGGCCAAAGGGGUGAAUACUAUGCAUCUUGGAAUUGGAACAUAUUUGCAGAGUGAAAAUUUAAGUGUGCCAGGUACUGAAAGCACUGGUAGAGAAUCAGUGUACAGUAACGGAUCCCUGCUGCUCAGAAAUGUGACAAAGAAGGACACAGGAUUCUAUACCCUAAGAGUCUUCAAUAGUCGUGUGUCUAUUGUGUCAACAACAACCAUUUACCUUCAUGUGCACACUGUAUUUUGGACUUGUGGGAGCCAUGCCUCCUCUUCCAAGCCCACUAUUGAAUCAGUGCCACCCUGUGUUGCUGAAGGGGGAAGUGCUCUUCUACGUGUUCGCAAUCCCCCGGAGAAUAUUGUAAGCUUUGUCUGGUUUAAAUGGAUGACCGCAUUGAAGGAACUGGAGGUUGCCCGAUACAUCAUAGACAGAAAAUCAACUCUGUGGGGGCCUGCAUACAGUGGCAGAGAGACAUUGUACAGUGAUGGAUCCCUGCUGCUUCAUGGUGUCACUCAGAAAGACGUUGGAUGGUACACUCUACAAAUUGUGAGAACAGAUACAAAACGCGAAGAAGCAAAAGUGCAGCUCCACGUGGACACUUCCCUUUCUCUGUACUGCAACCUUCUCAGUUCUUCCAAAUUCAUGAUCCAACCAGUGCCUCUGUAUGCUGCUGAAGGGGAAAGUGUGCUUCUCCAAGUUCAUAAUCUUCCAGAAGAUCUGCAAGGCUUUUCCUGGUACAAAUCAAAGUAUAGGAAACCGAUCCUGAAUACAGACCUCACUGAGGAAGAUGCAGGAAUCUAUACAUUCGCAGUUCUAAACAAAGAUUCCACAAUUGAAAAAGCAUAUGUGAAAUUUUAUGUAAAGAAGCCUGUGGCACAGCCCUUUGUGCAAAUCACUGACACCACAAUCGCAGGACAUAGAUCUGCGAUCUUCACCUGCAUUUCACCCGACACCGAUGUCUCCAUCCGUUGGAUCUUCAAUAACCAGAGUCUGAAUCACUUAGAGAGGAUGACUCUGUCCCCGACAAAGUGUGGACUCAUGAUAGCUCCUGUCAGGAGAGAGGAUGCUGGAGAGUAUCAGUACAAUCUGAUUAUAUCCCUUUCAGAUAAGUAUUUGUAUCCAGGGUCAAACCUUAAUGUCUUCUGCAGUGUUGCCUCUCACCCACCUGCACAGUACUCUUGCCUUAUCAAUGGAGAGCUCUAG